AUGCCGAUCCUCUCCUCCCCGCUGCUCCUGCGGACCCACUCCCUCACCCUCCUGACGAUCUCGUACUACCUCUUCAUCUCCCCCGAGCGACUCUUUUCCUCGACUCCAAUCUGGCUCCUUGGCGAGAGCAUGGGCGUACGGCCCGCGGCGUUUGCUGUGGAAGAGCCGAUCCAACCCUCGUCUAGCACGAACACAAGGCUGGAAGCGUCGGCGUUAUUGCAGAACACAUCAACCACCCAGGGCAUGGGAGGGGAGGCUGAGAGAGAACUAUGUGUGCUCGUGGUCCUGGUAGUGCUCAUGUAUGCGGGCAUGCAAUUCGUCUUCGCGGGAGACCUGACCUUGCUCCCUGCGCAAACAUCGGCAAACUCGAGUAAGCGGUCAGGAUCGACGACCGUCCAAUCCUCCUCGCGCUACGGCGAGGAACUACACACUCUCCUGACCGCGCAGUCGCGGUGGUUGACACUCGCAGGUCUGCAUGUGCUGGUAUCUUCGGUCCUUGUAGGCUGGAUAUAUCUGUUCCAUUCUCAUUCUUCGAGCACAGGUGUCUCGGGCCUCCACCGGCUCGCGAAUAGAGUCAUUCUCACCGUGGGGCUUGCGGACAUGCUGUUCUGGGGAUAUCUGUGGACGGUGCUCAAGGAGGAGGGACGAGAGGUCACGAGCAUUUUGGCGAGAAGGAGGCAGAUGCUAGAUGAUGAUGAGGACUGA